CGUCGCCGUCACGCCCCAAAAGGCCGUAGAGCACGAUACCCGCAACAACAAAAAGAAAGCGUUUCCCUUAGCCGCGACCCGACGCAAAACUCUCGAUCCUCUGGCGCCCGUCCGCGGAGUGGCAGCCUAAAACCGACUAAAGGGAAAAGAAAUAAGAAGAGGAAGAAAAAAAGAGGCCACAGCAGAAAAAGGCCGUGGUGCGCUGCCGGCGUGCCAGAAACGAAGCGUGGUUCUUAUUUCGACUCCCGAACCCCCAUUAUUCUUAUUAAGUGACUUAUUACUUUUGCCAGCCCACGCGCGCUCUCUCUCUCUCUCUCUCUUUCUCUGCUCUUCUCCUCCCUGCGCUCCCCUCUCGGUCGAAAGAACAAACGAAAAGGUCGCCUGCCCCCGAGCCGCUCCCGGAUCGCUGUGGCUUGCACGUCUUGCGUGAGCUCCGCGCGCGCGUGUGUGAGAGUGAGAGCGGGUGUCGAUUCGUGCGUCUGCGUGCCUUUGCGGCUGUCCCAGAGCAGAGAUCCGCCAGACCAAUGUCCUUGUCCUGCGAGGCCUGAGUUCGUUUGUCCUUCUCUACCCUCCGGACCUAGAUGCCAUCGUCCCCGUCGACGCUCUUGUCGCCCAGCCCGUGGUCGAAGGCAUGUUUCGUCGCCGACAGUCGCAGAAGCCGAAGGAUGAGCUUUACGAGAACUUCCGGGCUUCGUUUCCGGAGCUAGCCACGUCGACGGCCGCCUCGGGGCCUUUUCAUGGCUCGACGUCGCUGGCCGACGCUCUUGAUGUUGCGGUGCCGCCUCGACAGUUCGUGUCGCACGACGACCACGACAUCAAGGACCUCGAUCCAACGCCCAGAGCGAACAACGAGCAAUGGCGCUUCACGCCCUCCCUGCUCGACCCGAACAGCUUGACGUUUGCGAACUUCGCAAACCAGCCGCCUGGCUACUACACCCCGACGCCGGGCGGCACCAACACUCUCUACCACCCUCAGGCCGGCGACCUCCACACGCCUGGAUUCACCUUGGGCGGCCUGGGCACGCCUCUGUCCAUGCCGACGUCCGAGGGCGCCAUACACGCUUCUCAAGCGACAAACGCGCCCCUUCACGGCUUUCAACCCCAAACCCUAGCCCCCCAGGUCUUCCACAAUCCGAACCCCUUCAGCUUUCAUGCCCAGCCUUCUCAACACGUACAGGCCUUUCCCCCUCAUCAGUUUGGCCAUCAUCCGUCCGGCUUUGACGCGUUUGCUCACCCCGGCGAGCCGCCGAAACAUGACGAGCACAUGCGCCACGAUGUGGAGAUGCAGGAGACGUCCCCUACCGUGCCUUUCGUGCCGCAGGCCUUCGAUGCCACCAUGCAGCCAGCACCUCCGGUCCAUCAGCCGCCCAUGAAUAACUUUCGAUAUCAUGUUACGCUCAACGCGCCCACCGCGAUGAUCAAGCAUGCUAGCGAGAUUCCCGUCACGUAUCUGAACAAGGGUCAAGCCUACUCCAUUUCAAUCGUUGACACCCAGCCUUCGCAGAUCUCUGCGUUGCCAGUGACGUAUCGCACCUAUGUGCGCAUCUCGUUCGAAGAUGAGCAGCAGCGCCAAAAGCCCGCCGCCUGCUGGCAGCUUUGGAAAGAAGGGCGGGGCUCAAGCGAAGCCCACCAAAGAGGCGGACGUCUGCAGGCCGUCGAGUUCGUAGACCAGACCCAGGUCGGUGGCCUGGAAACAGCUGGCCGCCCAAGGAUCGAGCUGGAGUCCUCCUCCUUUGACGGGUUCUCGGUGACGUGGACACCCGCGCCCAACGCGCCGCCUGAAUGUGUUCUCGCAGUCCGCUUCAACUUCUUGUCCACUGACUUCAGCCACUCCAAAGGCGUAAAGGGCAUCCCGGUCAGGCUGUGCGCCAAAACCGAGCUGCGACACACACAACCGCCGCCCGCCCCAGAGGCCAUGAACGCCGAGAUCUGCUACUGCAAGGUCAAGCUCUUCCGUGAUCACGGCGCGGAGAGGAAGCUGUCGAACGACGUUGCGCAUGUCAAGAAGUCGAUCGACAAGCUGAAGCAGCAGAUUGCGCAGAUCGAAGCAGGCGUCAAGGACCAUGGGAAGAGAAAGCGCAGCGGCUCAAUCGCCAAAGGCGACAUGUCUUCCCGGCCGGGAAAAGUGCCAAAGCACAAGCGCACUUGGUCCAUGUCCUCGGCGAGCUCGACGGGUGCUCGGGGCUCCCACGAGGACGAGCUGCAGCUCAAGCUCGCGGCGCUGCAGGACAUGUUCACCUCGACGCGCCCGCAGAGCGUGCUAUACCUCAGGGGCGAGGAGGACGACGAUCCAGACCUGCAUCCGAUCCAGCUCGUAGGUGGCGAUCUUCCGGAUUUGACCAGAGUCCACACGGGCGAUUCCAGCGCCUGGGAACAACAGAGCGCCGAAGCUGGCCAUUCCUCCAUGGUGUCUCCCACGCCCAGUAACCAGUCUAUCCCUUCCAAUCAGCGGCGCGAGUCGCGAAGGGAGUCGGACUUCUCCAUGCCUUCGCUGCAGCCUACGCACAGCUGGCAGCAGGCCUCGGCGCACGGCGAGUCGUCAGGACAGGGCUCGAGCCAGUUCGGCUCUCCGAACGUGCCUGUGAAGGUGCCAAAGGCAGGCGGCGAUCAAGCUGGAUCCUUGACAGGCUGGAUCGAGGCUCUGGGUGUCGAUUACACCUACCAGCCUCCGCCUGAACGCCCAAUCAAACCAGUCGCAUGCUUCUACGUGCAGCCUCGCUUCACUGGCCGAGUACCCGAAGACAAUUAUUAUCGCGCGAUCUACGUGAUGCAGCGCACGCUCAAGGACCUCAUCAACGGCAUAGCGGCGAAAUGCAACGUCGAACCGACCAAAGUCUUGCGCACCUUGCGCAUCAACAAACAAGGGCUGAACAUAUUGCUUGACGACGAAUCCGUCGUGGAACUUCCGGAAGGUCAAGAUAUGAUCGCCGAGUUCUUGGAGAUACGGCCACAUUCGCCCAUGAAACGAGAGUGGGACUCGGGUCCGACUGACAUCCAAGUCGACGGCGACAUCGACAUAGCGACGACGGUGCAGUCGGAAGGCUACGAGCUCAGGCUCCUGUACUGAAAUGACUCCUAAUACCUUUUCACCGGGGCGGCUUAAUCUUACGACGAUUACGACUAUGUAUUAUUCAACCACCGACAGCAAAUGACCUUCAAACCCCCUCCCUCCCCCCUCUCUCGCCAAUACUUCAACUCCAGGAACGGGCGUCGAUGACAGCAUACAUCAUUGGCGUUUGACUCUUCAAUACACCAAGUCCAACAACGGGGCGUUAUUCUUUGUUCCGUUCUGCGAUACCCACUUACUUUAUUACAAACUACAACCCUUCUGCGGGGGAACCUCUCAUUCUUCUUUGCUGUGCUUCCCGUCAGAGCUCUCUCCAUGCCUUUCUCCCGGUUUCUCCCUCCCCCCCUUCUCUCUUUCUAUACACCCCUCUCAUUUUUUCCUUGGGUCAACUGGGGUAGGAUAACAUCUCGAUAGAGAACUGUCAUUGGGACGACGCGGUCAUCUUUGGAGCAACAUAUGAUUCUUGUUAUGGUAUGUUUUACUUUUUGGCAUCAUCUUAUUGAACGUACACGAACACAAGCUCUGGGCGGGGUAUUUUGGCAACGAUGCCUUUAGGCAGAACGGUGUCACAUUUGCAGCACACAUUCUUUUCUUUUCUGUCACGAACCGAGAAACGAUUUAGGAAUAAUUGAUCUACGUAUUGCCUUUCUGGCCGAUCUUGUUCCAAGGAAAUUUAAUGGACUAGCGCAAUAUCAUCUGCACGAACAUGCUACGUGCAUGCGAAUAACAUCCUUGUUUCC